AUGUCUACUACCGAUCAUCAACAACAGCAGAAAUAUACACAUCCUUCAUAUCCAAAUUAUGGAAUUUUUUCUUCACAGCCUCCGCCAUCGUAUACCGGAACUGAAGAAUAUUCUCAUGGUUUUUCGCAACCACAAACACCAAUAAUGCCAAUGCCUAUGCCUCAGAUUUUUUCUGCUCAUACACCACCUUCUCCGCCGUCAACAAAUACUGUUGAUGAUUCGAAAUAUUUUCCAAGACCAAAAUACCAAGAUUUAUGGGCGGCAAUAUUAUUUUUACUUCAUUUCGCCGCGUAUAUUGUGAUUUCUAUAAUCGCAUUAGCAAACUUUGGAAAAUUACAACGCAGUCCAGAUAAAAAUCCUGCACAAAAGGCCACGCUGAACUGGAGCAUAAUUUGGUUGUUAUUAUUUAACGCUGGUGUUGGCUUCUUUUUUAGUUUGACCUAUCUCUCUAUGGCAGAAAAAUUCCCAAGACAAUUUAUCACAGCAACGUUUAUCAUAUCGAUUGGAUUUUAUUGGGCAAUCACUAUAUAUUUCUUUGUAGCUGAAUAUCUCGGUCCUGCGAUUUUAUUCCUAUUCUUUUCUGGUUUUUACACCUUUUUAUAUUUAGCUUGGAGACCAUUAAUUCCAUUAUCAGCUGCAUUACUUGAAACUGUAGUCAGUAUCACUAAAAGGUAUAAAGCUACUAUACUUGUGGCGUUUGGUGGGCUUUUGCUUCAGUUUUUGUAUCAAGCGUGGUGGAUAUUUACAAUUACAGCUGCUUAUCAAUACUGGUACCCACCAGCAUGCAGCAAAAAUCCACAGUCCACACAAUGCGACAAAAAGAAAAUAAACAGCAUUGCCGUCUUUCUAAUAUUCUCGUUUUAUUGGACAUCGCAAGUAAUCCAAGUAUUGGUGCACGUGACAUUAUCUGGUGUCUUUGCCGCGUACUACUUUCUUGAAGGCACUCCCCAAGGAAUGCCACGCUCACCCACCCUCGAAAGUUUGAAACGAGCAACCACAACGAGUUUCGGAAGCGUGUGUUUAGGCAGUUUGAUCGUUGCAUUGCUUCAAACUAUUCGUGCUCUAUUGAGGGCAGCUGCACAGGAAUCUGACAAUCCGUUUGGGCAGUUUUGCGCGCUUUGUGCAGAGUGCAUUGUUGCAUAUAUCGACGCAUUAUUGCAAUUCUUUAACUUUUACGCGUAUACACAAGUUGCAAUUUAUGGAAAGUCAUAUGUGCACGCUGCAAAGGACACUUGGACACUUAUAAAAGAACGCGGCGUAGAACUCAUUGCUAACGAUAUCUUGGUAGGAAACGUUUUAGUAAUGGGAUCAAUCCUAAUCGGGAUGAUAACCGCACUGCUUGGUUACCUAUUCACCAUAGUAUUUCAACCAGACUUUAAUCAUGGCGGCACAUUCACUCCACUGAUUGUGUUCCUAGCAUUCAUUAUGGGAUUCCAGAUGAUGAAUGUGCUCAGCUCUGUGAUUCAUAGCGGUGUUGCAACUACUUUUGUCGCGUUAGCUGAGGAUCCUGCCGCGUUAUAUAGGACAAAACCGGCAUUGUUUGAAAUGAUUCGUCAAGCGUAUCCGAACAUUGCAUUAUGGGAGCACUUAAGAUAG